GGGAGAGCGUGAAAGUGCGAGAGGGAGGGAGAGCGAGCGCAGUAAUCCUGCCAGACAGAGCGAGAAAAAGAGAAAGCAGAGGUAGACUGAGCAGCGUCACCCCAAAACCAGCCUGCACCCCACAACUGAGGCGACGAUCGUCUCGUCCUGGGGUUAACUCUGUGCGGUCCAACAAUGAAGUGGUCUGGCUGUCCUUCCAUCUUCUUCAUUUAUUUCUCUGUACUCCUGUCAAGCACGUGUUCUUCCGUCCCCAAUCUCCUGCAACCUACAAGGUUUCCCCACCAUAGGACAAUAAGAUCUUCCUCUAGUCCAACCGCCCUUACGCAUCUACACUCUUCCCAUCAUCCCGCACCACAACCCUCCGGCUCUACUCACCAUCUCGACCUUUAUGCUUCUCCUAUGAUCAGAUCACGGGACUUUCCACCAAAAAUCACAUACUUCGCCCACAGGAACCCUAAGCACUUUCAUCAGCGCUCUGUGCCAACCAGAGGCAAGCGUCAGUCCUCGGCAUCUAGCUUGCACCUUCCCGUAGCCAUUGAAGGAGCAGUUCCCCCAUCUCAGUACCCAUGGGCCAUCUUGUGGGACCCCACUGUCUCAGAUGAAGAAGAGGCUCAAAGUUCUUACACUCCUCGACCUUUUUACCAUCCUGAGUGGGGCCUUUUGGAAAACAAUGAACCGGCACGGGGAUUAGAUUUGCGAGGGGUUCCGACCACGCUGAGACCCCAUGGAUUUCCUCCAAAAGAUGAAGGAACGGACCCCCAACUGUAUGUGACAAUCGUAAUCUCAGUGGUCAUUGUGUUUGUGGCCACUGGAAUAAUCAUCAAGUUCUGUUGUGAGCGCAGACAGAAACGGAGACGACACCGAAAUGACCGCUGCGCGUUACCGGAGGAAGGAAGCUUACAACCGCUCACUGACCUUUCACCUGACACUGACAUCCCCGGCCUUCACCCUCUAAAGCUUGGAGACUUCAAAAGUAGCCUAGACGAGAGAGGCCUCCCCUGCAGGACAAGCAAGAUCCCGGUGGUGACCAUGUGAUGGCGCUGUUAUGGUGAUAAUGGACACAGCGGGUGACUAUAACAAGAAAAUAAAGGGACUGACCUGAUGGCAGCGGGUGGUAUACGACCCCCCCCCCCAAUACUUAAA